AUGAGGACCGACAUCCCGAUCAUAGUUCGCCCCUCGAAGUUGAGAAAAAUUGACAUAAGCAUUCAGCUGAAGCACAUGCCUGUCAUUGGACCACCGUUAGCCAACGAGAAGCGUCGGUCAAGGAACCAGCCCAAGAUGGCGACUCGCUUGAAAACUGAUCGUCACCUCACUCUCCCAAUGCGCGAUGAUAGUACUUCAGCCCGCAGUCGCAGCGUCAGUGAUCGUAGCGACCGAAGUGAUGACUCUUCAGACCACCCAGAAACCAGCGGUACCAGCACCCGUGAGCCCAGCAGUAGGCUUACACGAAGGCGUGCAAGUAAGCCCAAAGUGCGCACCGGCUGCAAGAAGUGUGAGAACCUCGGUGCCAUAUGCGAAGGAUACGCUCCGCCGAAGACAGCAAGGCAGAUAUCACGAGCGGAGCGGCCGCUUCUGCCACGCCCACAAUUGGCAUCCCUCGCCGUCCAGAGUGCAGACAGUCCUCUUCAGCCUCUAAGAAAUCAACCACCACUUCUUAUAUCACCAGGUUGUGGCUUUGAAUUGGCCGAGGAUGACGCGUGGUACUUUUCUCUCUUCCGCAACCAGGUCGCUUAUGAUCUUUCCCAACAACACCAGCAGAACAACUUCUGGACGAGAUCAUGCCUGCGCGAUGCAGUAACUAUGAAGACAAUUAGGCACUCAAUCUUGAGCAUAGGUGCCUAUGCAAGAGCCUUGAUGGAUUUGAAAAACGACUGGCCGUUGCUCCAGGACGCAGAUCGUCCCUGGUGGCCAGCCUCUGUCUUCAACCGCCAUCGCGAAGCUGCGUUCAGUCAUCAUGAUCAAGCACUGUCGUGCCUUCGCGAGGAGAUCCAGACCCAUGGAAUUGACCACCGCAGCACCAUGGCGGCAACCUUACUCUUCAUUGUCUUCGAGAAUAUGACUGGUAAUUAUCAUGCAUCUGGAAACUUGGUGAGGUCUGGCAUCAAGGUCCUGAACAACAUGGGCCGCACUCAGUCAAGGAGUUUCGUUUGGCGAACCUACUGCGAGACCUUCGAAGCGCCCGAUGAGAUUGACGAAAUGGCACAUAUGUUUUCCAGACAUUCGAUCGCUUCUGUGUUGAUGCCCUUCCCACACGGGAAAUCAGCGUAUCACAUGCUCCUCGACGACGAUGACGCACUCUCCGACAAUGAAGAGAAUCUAAUAACCGACUACUCUACGAGAUCGACUGUACUGCACAGCCUCGAACAUGCCCAAGCCGUCUGGGAGACUAUCCUCCCAGCCUUGGGCCGCUUCUAUGCGAAGGCACUUUGGAGGAACUUGAACCCAAAUUAUGAAGUCGACACCGAUGCGAUUGAUGAACAAAUAAGUUUUCUUGCUCGCUUGCAGGAAUUUGGAGCAGGAAUCGCUGUGUUAGACGCGGUUGGGCACGAUGAGACCAAAGUGCGCCAGUUGAAUUUUCUGGCAAUGCAUCACCUAGUUGCCACUGUUCUUGUCUCAUGCUGCUUGGACCGCACCGAACUCUCGUAUGACGAUUUUACUCCUCAAUUCCAGGAGGUGAUCGCAAAGAUUAGGCUCUACAUCAGCCUGGAAUCGCACACCAACAAGACCGGCUUCAGCAACGAGGUGGGAGUGUUACCACUCGUUACAUUUAUCGCAGCAAAGUGCCGUGUGCGUAGCAUCAGACUGGAGGCUCUGGGAAUUAUGCGGAGUCUGCGUUCGCGUGAGGGCCCCUGGGAUGGGAUCAGCUUGGCAAACGCCAUGGCUCAUCUAAUGCAGCUGGAAGGGCAGGGUGACUCCCAGGACGGGUCGGGAUUAAUGCCUCCACUGGAGGCAAGAUAUGUGUGGACCAACAUGUUUUGGGAUUUCGAAAACAGACGAAUGUGCAUGCAAUAUACGAAGGUGUGGUCGAAUGGGUCUGGCGACUUAGAGAAGAUAAACAGAGUAGUAAGUGGCUAA